GGCAGCAGCAGAAGUGACUCACUUGGCUCCUACUCAGGUAUUUCAACCAAUAAUGCUUUUGUUUCCUCAAGGGAAGUCUUUUGCUCCCCAUUUUUGCUGCUCCAGAGCAUGGAGCAGUACCCACUUUUGAUAGAAGUUUCUCCCUGGGGAAGAACUGUGGGGAAAUGACUACCUCCUGGACUCUGAUCUCCCUGACCAGGAGUUGAACAGGCAACCUUUCGGAGCAUGGACGAUGCUCCACCCAGCCGCGCCACCCAGCCAGGGUACUUCCCCUCUGUUUUUCAGGACUCUAGGAAUUUAAGAAGCAGGUGGGACUCUGGAGCAGAGCAGCAUCUCAGACAUGUUGAAAAAGAUGUUUUGAUCCCUAAAAUAAUGAGAGAAAAGGCCCGAGAGAGAUGUUCUGAACAAGUUCAAGAUUUUACCAACUGUUGCAAGGAGUCUGGAAUCCUUAUGGUAGUAAAGUGCCGGAAAGAAAAUUCUGCAUUAAAAGAAUGUCUGACUGCUUACUAUACUGAUCCUGCCUUUUAUGAAGAAUGCAAAAUGGAAUACCUGAAGGAAAGAGAAGAAUUCAGAAAAACUGGAAUUCCUACCAAGAGAAGACUACAGAAGCUUCCAACAAGCAUGUAGGCAAAUAUUCAAAUGAUACUUAGUAACACUAUUCAUGGAAUCACAGUUACCUAAAAUAAUGGACUCAAGGAAGUGUGUUUGCUUUGUCCUAAAUUAUGGAAAUAUUGAUUUUAUCUGAAAUAAAAUUUUUUUUAAAAAAUG